UGUUUCCGGAGGCAAGUAUUCAGAGGUACACCCUAAAUUAUUUUUCGCAGUUUGGGUCUGAAACGUAGUAUUUUGCACUCAGUUCUAUGAUUUUUAUGUGAGUAGGAUUUGGAAUGACAGGUAAAAGCCAAGUAUGUUCAAUAUGGGUAGGUUCGGAAACUGGAAUAUUAAAAGGAGUGAGUCUUGCGAAGAAGCAGGCUUUCAAUUUUUGUGAAAUGAAUAGCCUAAGUCGGGAUCAGGAAGUCUGUAUGCUGUGUUGGGGAGAUGCUCAAGAAACCGAGGUGUUAGUUGGCUGUGCAAACGGAGCAGUGAAGACUUUCAGCACAGAGAAGGGCAUCUUCACUGAGAGCAGGCAGUGUGGGGACAGCGCACAGGGCAAGUUCACUGGGCUUGCUGUCACAGACAGUUCCUUGGUCACUUGUGUGGAGUCUGGGCUCCUGAAGAUCUGGAAGGAGGGUAGCACUGAUACCGUCGAAAUCAAUGCAGGGAGCAGUGUCUGUCGGAUGAAACAGAACACAUCACAACGCCACCAUGUGGCUACUGGAGGAAAGGAGACUCCACUUAAAGUCUGGGAUCUGGAAAGGCCUGACACCCCAAUUUUCACUGCCAAGAAUGUGCGUAAUGACUGGCUAGAUCUGAGAGUGCCGGAGUGGAUUCGAGACUUGGCCUUCAUUCCAGACUCAGAAAAGAUUGUCACCUGCACAGGACACCACCAGGUGCGAGUGUAUGACCCUGCUUCCCCUCAAAGGAGACCGGUUAUGGAGGCGCAGUUUGGGGAGUACCCCCUCACUGCCCUGUCACUGCCUUCCACCCCUGGCUCUGUUGUCGUGGGCAACACGCAAGGGCAGAUGGCUGUCUUAGACCUACGUAAAGGUCUGGUACGUGGGUGUCUGAAGGGGCUGGCUGGCGCGGUGCGUGGGCUGCAGUGCCACCCGACUCUUCCCUUGGUGGCCUCCUGUGGCCUGGAUCGAUUCCUCAGAAUACACAGCCUGGAGGACCGCACCUUACAGCACAAGGUUUAUCUAAAGUCGAGGCUAAACUGUGUGCUUCUGUCCAGUCGAGACCUGGAGGCCUGCCCUCCUGCAACAGAUGCAGAACAGGAGGUGAAAGAAGAAGAUGGAGUUGGUGAUGAAGUGUGGGACACCAUGGAAACAGUGACAGAAAAAGCAAAAAAAAGGAGAUUAGAGGAAAAGGCUAAUGGUGCUGGAAAAAAGACGAGCACUAAGAAAAAGAAAGCGGUGAAGAAAUAAAAAACUAGUGAGGGGUGUCUGCUGUUGAAAUUAUUAUUUUGUGACUUCUGAAGAAGGGGAAAUCCUUUUCUGGUAGCAAGUCCUGAGCUUUGCCGUUGUGUGGCUAAGCUUGCACCCUGUUCAUUGGGUAACGUUUAGCUAUAAUAGUGGAUGAUGGACUGUGUGUGUGUGUGUGUGUUUGUGUUUGUGUUUGUGUGAGAGUGCUUGAUGGCGUGCGUGCGUCCAUAAUGGUAUUUCUGUGACUCUUCUGAGAUAUGUAAGCUUUUAUAUUUCUUAUCAAAUAUAUGCAAAUUCUUGGAGUGGGCACACUUGUGGGCGAUGUUCAUGAUAGUGUAAACUCACAAAUGUCAGAAAUGAUCGUUUAACAGUUAAACGGCACCAUUUGUUUAAUGGAAGCCAUUUUAUUACAGUCUGGGAGGGUGGUGAAUGGCUGUUACUCGGGAUGUUCUUUUGCCUCACGUUUGCUUGUCAGUUAGCGGGGCCAACAGUAAAUUAACUAUCAAAGUUUGAUCAUUAAAUCUGGUCAAUUAACAGCUUUUCGUGUAAUAUAGCGGUCACAACAGACCUGUUCCAUCCUGUAGACUAAUGGGCUUUCUUACGUUCAUCCAAUAAAAUAUUCUGAAAUAACCCUGCAUAGUGUAUAAAUGUAACAUUAUUCUUUAUUUAAGUCAGGCAUUUGAGAUGUUGUAAUAUUUACCGUUUCAGGACAUCAAAGAAAAUGUGUUUAGCUAGUUAUCUGCUUUGUAAAUUGAAUUUGCUAGUGUGAGGAAUUUGUCAGGGCAGCUCUACCUUAAUUGGGCUCAUCACUCAUUUCAUGUGUGGGCUUAUUUUUCAACCGACUGAGCGUAGCGCAAGCGCUAGCAUUUGAAAAUGCUGCCUCUGCAUUACAAUUUGCAUUUAAAUUGCUUGUCACCUGUUGUUUUAUAAAACAUUGAGAGGGGACUUCAUUCUACCCAGACAAGCACCUUAAAUGCGUUCAGUUCGAUUUUGAGUGAUGUGUGUAUUGCUUCACCUCAUGCUUUUUUAUUGUCCCAUGGCUUUUUUAAAGGCCUGGUACGGCAUUGCUUUUCAUACUAUACAUAUGUAAUUGUUAAUUGUUUGGCAGGAAUUUUGUUUUCAGUAUUGAUAAACUGUAGGUCACCAUG